GCGGGCGGCGUCUGUCUUGCCGAAGGCACCGAUAGCAGACCCAGCCACGCCGGACAGCGCGCCGAAGGUUUCGGUGCAAAUCAUGCAAGCGUUUGCGACAGUGAGCUGGCGCGAUCGGUUCACAGAUGUUCAAUGGAACGCACUGACAUCAAUAACAACGCGAGACUUAGCAGGCACAAUCCUCCACGUAUUCACUCCCGGCGGAUCAGCGCAGGCAAUAGCACCAGUGUCGGGAGAGCUACAUCGACCAGUGUCCAUCGUGGUAACGUGGGCAUUCGCCGAGAAUACGGACAUCAGACACGCAGUCGAGGACAUCGACGGGCGUGUCUUCCUCGAGAAUCAGUGCGUAGACGCUGACGGGCGACUCCUCGCGGCAGCGCUGCUCAAGGGAUUUCAGUUCUCCCUAGAGAAAAAUCAGGUCGCGCAGCUGGAGUCUGCCAGAUUGGGCCUCCGCCGAACAGAGUGUGGCGGUGAAGCGGUCGGCGACAAAGCUCUUCUGAAACUCGACAACAUGAAGUGCGUCGCAACAAAAGAGUCGAUCCAGGGGCUAAUCAAUUCGACUGCGUGGGAGGGUAUCCGAGAUUACCUCUAUGCAUACGUCGAGAUUGCGGACCACCUACGUCGGUACACGCUGCCGGCGUCAAAUAAGCGGCACCUCCCAAUGCGACUCUUUCCGAGCGAUGAGAAAGCUAACCGGUAUUGGAAGCAGCUAGUGACAUCGGUCGACCGUACCCUAGUGAUUUAUCCAAUCGACUUCUCGUCUGUCCUCUUCUUCUACAUCCUCGGCGACUCUUCGAAAAAAGGCAUGAGCGCCUCACUCCACGGGGUAUACGCGACCCGGCCUGGGGAGCCUCCGGCAACGCAAGAGCAACGUCAGCAAAGCCUCCAUGGCGGUGAGCAAUAUGUCCGUACGCAUAAGGUCAUACGUCGCGGAUGGACGGUUGAGCAAAACCGCCCAGCGAAAAGCCGCGAGUUAAGGACAAUGCGCAUUGCUGUCACGGAGCUCUACCCACUGGUGCGGGGUUGGCCGACCAUAGUGGGGCAUGACCAUCAGACGAACGAUCCGAAGUCCCUCGAAGUUUCUGCUUUUUCUACCAACGUUGACGAAACGACCAAGCGGGACAUCAUGAAGAUGCGCCCUUUUCUGCACGAGCUCUACUUCGCGUGGAUCGGCGGAACAGCUUUGCGGUUUGCUGAUGGUAAUUCGCGUCUCUAUGAUGCGUUCGAGUCGAGUGAAUUGACGGACGUUCCAAAAGCCGUGCAGAAGAGCUGCUCCAUGAUGCAGCACUGGUUGCUUAACCCGUCGUCGCGCAAAGACCCAAACUAUGAGGCCACCUAUAGAGCACUUCGAGACGAGUUCUUCGACGAUGAUUUCGAUUCGGCUCCUGGUGAUGCCCACAGCGAGGGAGCAACAUCGGCGUACGCGCUUGGCGCACUACGCGCUGCAGACGACGUGGCAGACUUGGCGAUCGAACACAUAGUCAUCGACGAAGCCACGUGUCAGCGAGUUGGAGCAGCAACGAGCAGCAAAGCGACGACAGGCGCACCGAAAAAGACGAAGAUCGUGCUGGACGAGCUUUUAAGCAAUACCGACGCAGAGCUGACACCAGUGCGCAUCUUCUUCAAGGAAGAUCUCUCGUCGUCAACCCUCUACCACUACAAGAACUUCGUGUGUGAGGUGGAAGUAGUACAUGCAGGGGAGAAGCAAAAAGUGAGCAAGUGGUUCUCAGCAGCAAAAUAUGGCGGAACCGAGCCAGCGAAGCUCGCCUGCUUCCGGUUUGCGAGAGCGCUCAUCGGACGAAGAUGGGGCCAGGAUGACAGCGCCAAAAUUGUCGACGGUCAUCACGGAAACGACAUGUGUGAAUUCCUCAUUGUUUCGCCACUUGAGCGCGGGUUCUCACUCGGAGCGGUUGCGGUUGAUGUGAGCUUCAAGUGCGUGAUGUUUUCAGACGACAUCCAGUGCGACAACUACAAGACGCUCUCGGCUGCGCCCGGUAUCGUGUAUGCGCGGUGCCUCGGCCACGGCUCUGCAAAAGAUCACGUCGCGCCAGAGCCUAACGAGAUCCCCGCGAGCAAGUAUGCCGAGCGACUGACGGAGACGCGAUGGCGUCGCGUUCCAAAGAAAACCGAGAUGAUAUGCGCUGAGAUCUUAGCUGGUAUUCCGACCAAACAGUCACUCGUCGACCAAGCGCUACUGGAGACGUGUGAGCCAGGUUCCCCAGCCGCGGGCCCGGUCCACAAUACGUUCGACGCACUUGCGUCAUCAGACGACGACGUCGAGGACGAUAUCUUGGCUCCAGAGAAGGCAGCACCUCCAAAGCAGGCAGCACCUCCAGACCAAGCAGCGCCUCAAAAACGACAGCAAACCCCGCCACAGCCGCUGACUGCACCGGCAGCAAGCGAAAAGAACAAGCAC